AUGGGCGGUGGGGAAUAUAUGGCAGAUGGCCUGAGUGGAGACGUUCGGCGUGAAGGGGAGCGAUGGGCAAGUCGGACGGAAGAGGAAGGGAGUCUCAUCAUCGCAUGCUGUGAUCAAACGGUCAAGUUCUUUGAGAUCUGGGCGGGGAAAAGUAAAGGAAAGAAAGCGCAUGGAUUAGGCCGCCAGCAAGGUGUUCUGGGCGGGAGUCGAGUGCUGGAAGGAUGGUGUGAGAACCUCGAUGUGGAUGAGAUUGGACUUGGGGAAGAGAUCAUUCGGUAG